AUGGGCGUCCCCGCGUUCUACCGCUGGAUCAGCAUGAAGUACCCCAAGACGGUGGUCUACGCCACCGAGGACCCGCCGACCAAGAUCGAGGGCCGCGACCGCUUCGGCCUCAUCGACAUCGAGGCCGAGAACCCCAAUGGCACCGAGUUCGACAACCUCUACAUCGACAUGAACGGUAUCAUCCACCCGUGCGCGCACCCGGAAGAGGGCGAGCAGCCCAAGACCGAAGAAGAGAUGUUCAUGCGCCUCAUGGACUACGUCGACCGCCUCGUGGCCUGCGUGCGCCCGCGCCGCCUCCUCUACAUGGCCAUCGAUGGUGUUGCACCGCGUGCCAAGAUGAACCAGCAGCGCUCGCGUCGUUUCCGGUCCGCGCAAGAAGCGCGCCAGCGCGAGGAAGUCGACGCUGAAGCCCGCGAGUACAUGGCGCUCAUCGGCCACAAGGUGCCGGCCAAGCAGACGCCGUGGGAUUCGAACGUCAUUACGCCCGGUACCAAGUUUAUGGCCAAGCUCGCCAAGUUCAUGCGCUUCUACGUCCGCGACCGCAUCAACUCGAGUCCUGGCUGGAAGAGCCUCAAGGUGCUCUUUUCCGACGCCGGCGUCCCGGGUGAGGGCGAGCACAAGCUCAUCAUGUACAUCCGCGACCAGCGCUGCCAGCCCGACUACGACCCGAACCUGCGCCACGUGCUGCACGGUCUCGACGCCGAUCUCAUCAUGCUUGGGCUCGCGACCCACGAGGCGCAUUUCUCGGUCCUUCGCGAAGAAGUGCUCUUCGGCAAGGCCAAGUACGAGGCCAUCGAGGCCAAGGCGCGUCUCACGGGCAACGACCCGUUAAAGGGGAAGCGCAAGGCCGGCGAUUACGGCGAGCACGACGCGGCCAUGCUCGCGUCCCACUUGAAGCCGUUCCAGUUCCUUCACAUUAGCACGCUGCGCGAAUACCUCCGCAUCGAGUUCGAGCCGGUCGCGGCCACCCUGCCCUUUCCGUACGACUUUGAGCGCAUCAUUGACGACUUUGUGUUUCUUUGCUUCUUUGUCGGCAACGAUUUCCUGCCGCACUUGCCGUGCAUGGACAUCCGCGACGGCGCCGUCGACUACCUCCUGCUCGUGUACGCCAAGCUGCUUCCGUCGCUCGGCGGGUACAUCACCAACCCCGGCGGCGAAAUCGACCUCUCGCGCGCCGACGUGCUGCUCGCCGAGGUCGGCACGGUCGAAGAAACCAUCUUCCAGCGCCGCAUCGAGAAGGAGCGCCGCAACGCCGAGUUCCAAGCGCGCCGAGAGAUGUACAAGAAGCGCGACCAAGUCGCUGCCGAGGCGGCCCGCGGCGACGCGGUCUCUGUCAAGCGCCACAAGGACGGCCGCGGCGUGGCCACGCCGUCGAACGAGGUGUACAAGCAGCUCGAGCCCAAGCAGGCGCUCAAGGAGCGCAUCAAGCACAUGGAGCAAGCGCAGCUCGAAAAGUACCGCGAAGAGAUCAAGGAUACCGUGCGUCUCGGCGAGCCGGGCUGGAAGACCCGUUACUACGAGGACAAGCUCAAAGCCAACGACAUUGAGAUUGGUGGCGGCCGCGAGCGCGUCUUCCAGGCGUACAUUGAAGGCCUGUGCUGGGUCAUGCGCUACUACUAUGCGGGUUGUGUGUCGUGGACGUGGUUUUACCCGUUCCACUACGCGCCGUUUGCGUCGGAUCUCAAGAACAUUGACCGAUACGAGAUCAAGUUUGAUCUCGGGCAGCCGUUCUGCCCAUUUGAGCAGCUCAUGGGCGUCUUCCCCGCCGACUCGAAGCACGCGAUUCCCAAGCCGUACCAAUGGCUCAUGACGGACCCGGAGUCGCCGAUUCUGGACUUUUACCCGGAAGAGAUCCCGCUCGACCCGAACGGGAAGGCCGCGCCGUGGCUCUGGAUCGCGCUGCUUCCGUUCAUUGACGAGAAGCGCCUCUUGGAUGCGAUGGCGCCGGCGAACGCCAAGCUCACGGACGCGGAGAAGAAGCGCAACGAGCGCUUUGGGAAGGAGCUCAUUUUCUUCCAUUCGAGCGCCGACCAGCCGCUGCCGACGCCGACGAAUUCGCCCGUCGCGCUCGUGCCGACGACGUUCCAGAUGGCGGGGAGCAUGGCGUACCACGAGCCGAGCUACUUUCCCGAAGGCUGCAUCGUGCCGAGCCCUGAGAAGGCCAAGAUCGAACUGCUCGACAUCCGCAACAACAAGUGCCUCAGCUUUGAGUUCAUCUCGCCGCCCAAGAACCGUCACCUCUCGGUCUUGCUGCCCGGCGCGGUCGAAGACGAGCCCGUGCUCUUGUCGGCGGAAGACCGCGAAGUCCGCCCGCCCUUCUUUGGCAAUGCCAACAUUUCGAUUGUCGACAUGGCCGGCGCCGCCCGAACGGCCAUUAGCGUCCGCAACAACCAGCGCGGCGGCAACCACAACCGCUUCCAGCCGACGCAAGGACAGCAGGGGUGGGGGACCCCGACCCACAACAACUUUCUCUACGUCCCUAACGGCAACAACGACCAGCAGGGCCAACCGCCGACGUCGGGCUUUCGGCAUCAAGCGCCGUCGGGCGGGCGUGGUGGCUACCAGGGUGGUCGUGGUGGCUACCAGGGUGGUCGCGGUGGCUACCAAGGCGGUGGUCGUGGCGGCUACCAGGGCGGCCGUGACUACCAAGGCGGGGCCUCGUACCAGACUGACGCGGCGCCGCCGCAAGGUGGUGCCAUCGGCUCGGGCUUUGGCCCGCGGGCGCCCAACAUGGACGCACUCAAGGCCGGUCUGCGCAACAUGCACGCGCAGCGCGGCACGUAUGACAAGGCGCCGUCAUCCUCGUACCCCAACCAACGAUACGACCGGUAAACCCACAACAAUAAUUGCUUCAUAAAUCUAAGAUCCAGUUUUU